ACAUAUCCUUUUUUCUAUUUAAGGUAGGUCCACUUUCUGCAUUUUUUUUGCUUUUUUUUCAGUUAAAUAUAUUUAACUAAAACACCCAACUAUUACAAAGAAACAUCAUGCCGCGCAAAGUAGCUUAUAGUGGUAAAAAAAAGAGAGAACAACUGAGACAGCGAAACGCUAGGAAACAGGAAGAAGGUACACCAAAGAAACAAAGACAGACAGAGCCCAAAGAGAAACGGGCCAUUUGGACAUAAUUGAAAGAUUAAAACGAGCACGACCCUAAUAUGAACCACCCGUUGUUGUGUCUUUUGAUACGUUCUUAGAAUCGCGUGCAGAUCUGAGUUCCUUUGAUUAUUUCAGUGGCAGAAAAGCAGAUAGUCGGAAGAAACAUGUAAAGCAUGCAUCUCUAUCAGAUCAUUUUGUACAACCAAAGGAAGAAGAUAUGGAAGCAGAAGACUUUUUCCAAGACCAUGAUACUGAAGCUCUUGAUGAUAAUGAAAGGCAUAAGUUGGUUUCUGUAUUCAGAAAAUUAACGCAUCAAGAGAUAGAGGCUGAGAAGCUAAAAAGUAUGCAGCCCUUGGUCCGCUUCCCAAAGGAAUGUUUGGAAAUCAAUCCGGAGACAGACAGGUAUGUGAAGGAGUACCUUGAGUUUCCAAAGCGACCUAUUUGGAACUAUACUAUGUCAAAGGAAGAGGUUGAGCAACAUGAACAAGAAGCAUUCGACCAUUGGAUGCAAUCGAUGGAGGAGAGAUAUGGAGAGUCAAAUCAAUUGAGUUGGUAUGAACGUAAUUUAGAAGUAUGGCGUCAACUGUGGAGAGUGCUAGAAAUCAGUGAUGUUUUAUUGAUUGUCAUGGAUAUACGAAACCCUCUACUUCACUUCUCGCGUUCGCUCUAUCACUACAUUACGCAAGAGCUGAAGCGCAAGAUUAUCGGCGUCUUCAAUAAGGUCGAUUUGGUAUCGGACUUCACCGUGUUUGCAUGGAAGAAAUAUUUUGAAGAGGAAUUUCCCGAAAUACAGAUUGCUACCUUUAGCUGUUUCCCAAGAGAUCCGCAGCUCAUAGAUGAUACUGCCACAUUCGCGUUGAAAAAGCAAGCAAAAAGACCCAAAAAACGAUAUUAUUAUGCCCAAGGGGUGAAGGAGAUAUUGUCUUUAUGUCGAGAUAUGGUAGACAAACCAGAUGUCACAGUAGACUGGAAAUCCAUCAUUGCUCAAUAUGAUAAGGAUGAGACGAACAAACAGCAACAUGAUAAAGACGAUUCUGACAGCAGCGACGAUGACGAGAGUGAUGAUGAGAGUGAUACAGGCAGUAUGGAUGGGUUAGACGAUACGUUUGGUCAUUUUCUGGAAAUCACCGGUGAAGAAAUAAAACCACACAAAAAUUACAUUACGCUUGGUUUAGUAGGCCAUCCAAAUGUGGGUAAAAGUAGCUUAAUCAAUAGUAUCAUGCAACGUACCGUAGUAAGUACGAGCAAAACACCGGGGCAUACCAAACACUUCCAGACAAUCCAUAUUGCAAAAAAUGUAAGGCUUUGUGAUUCGCCAGGACUUGUAUUCCCAGCACUUAUACCUAGGUCACUUCAGAUCUUAUCUGGUAUGUACCCAAUUGCGCAAGUUCAAGAACCUUAUAGCUCCAUCCGUUAUCUUGCCGAACGUAUUCCGUUAGAGAAGAUAUUAGGGUUAACUCCUCCUAUCAACUAUGACGAGAUGAAUGAUCCAGAUUAUUAUCUCUUAAAUGCAACCUCCGAAACGUCUGCCAAGAAUCCAAACGAUUAUCCAUGGUCAGCCUGGAGUAUAUUGGAAGCUUUUGGUGAUCAAAGAGGGUUCCAUAUCGCAAAGACUCCAGCACCUGAUGUUUACAGAGGUAAUGUACUUCUUGACGUGUAGUUAAAUAUCGUAACGACAUGAGCUAAACAAACGCCCUUUGGUAAUCUUUUUUUUUCAAAAAAUAAAAAAAACCCAGCUGCCAACACUAUUUUGCGUUUAACAGCAGAGGGCAGAAUUCUACUUUCUUUCAAGCCGCCUGGUUAUUUUUCAAGCACAAAGUAUGAAAAGCUACGUGUACGUGAUGCAGAUGCAGCAAGAGCCACAUCAUCAGCGCAAAGUGAUGAAGAAUCUUCUAUUGAAAAAGAAAAAGUACAAGAAAACUUGUUGAUCAACAAAGGCAAUAUUUAUGCCUUUUUGUCGGAUUCUGAAUAAAAAUACACAUAUUUUUUUUCCCCAAAUUACGUUUUUCUUUUUGUUCCUUUUC